CUCAAGACACAAGUGCUUGAAUCGCGAAUCAUAGCGCUACUGCAUCUAACCGAAAUAGAACGUGUUUCAGGUUCAUCACUCGAUCCAUCCAGAUCAAUCAAUUCGCGGCAACAAUCAUGACGUCACCUCAGCAACCUCCUCCUCCACCUCCUCUCCUGCCUCUCCCUCGACCGAACGCUCUUCGCGAAGUGAUCGAUCUUGCCAACAUGACGUUUGAGAAAAACGUCGAUAUCCCGCUCAAGGACGGUCAAGGUCUCUGUCGUGGCAACGUCUAUCGACCCAAGGGAGAUGGGAAAUGGCCAGUCCUCUUGACGUACGGUCCCUACGGCAAAGACGUACCCUACGCUUCCUUUCACGGUGCAUCGUUCUCAGAGAUUCCUGAUGAACAGAAAUCCUCCCUCUCUGCCUGGGAGACCCCUCACCCGGACUACUGGGUCGCCCAGGGGUACGUCGUCGUCAGGGUGGACGAGCGAGGGAUCGGAUCCAGCGUAGGGUUCUUGGAUACGAUGAGCGAUCAGACGUCGAGCGAUUUCGCCGAGGUGAUCGAGUGGGCUGCGGAUCAGAGUUGGAGUAGUGGGAAGGUCGGGUUGUUGGGGAUCUCCUACUAUGGCGGUUCUCAAUGGAGAGUGGCUGCUCGAAAGCCUCGUGGCCUCGCUUGCAUCAUCCCCUGGGAAGGCAUGACCGAUUACUACAGGGAUCGAGUCAGACACGGUGGAAUCCUCGCCAACAACUUUGUCAAAUUUUGGUGGGAGAAUCAGGUCGGGCCUAUGCAGUAUGGGACAGAGGAGAAGAGGCCUAGACGGUUCGGACCUGGAGUUAUGGGUCCACCCGUCGGUCCCGAAUGCCUGGAGGGCUCCGUUCCCCUCUCCACCCGUCUCGCACUCCGUAGAGACCAAACUAUCGACAACAAGGAGAACCGAUACCUCGACGAUCCUUACCACGCUUCUCGGGUGUACGACUUGGGGGCGAUCGAGGUCCCUCUGCUGAGCGUGGCGAACUUGGGAGGCAUCUUGUUGCAUCUGAGGGGGAAUGUUGUUGGGUACAUGGAGGCUGGAACGAAGAACAAGUGGUUGUAUUUCAUCUCGGGGAGGCACGACCUGCCUUUCUACCUACCGCACUUUGUCAAGCUCCAAAAGUCCUUCCUCGACGCCUGGCUCAAGGGUGAAGACGAUGCCGGCUGGCUCAAAGGCCCCAACGUCGACGUCCCUGCCGUUAGCGUACUCGUCCGUAAAGGCAACCCGGGGUUCAACACGACUGAAGCCGAGGCGACGUUCAAGUUUAGGUCGGAGAAAGAAUGGCCGAUCGCUAGGACCCGAUACGUCAAGCACUACUUGCAAGGCGACAAGAAGAUGAAGACUUCAGCUCCGACUGAAGGCGGGAAAGACUUUGAACUGCAAGCGCUUGGAAAGGGAGCGCCUGUCAAUUUUGAAGUCAAAUUUGAAGAGGAGACCGAGAUCAACGGGCAUCCUACGGCCAACCUCGUCUACUCGGUUCCCAAGAGAGCCGACGGAUCGGCUCCGAAGGAUAUCGACGUCUUUUUGACGUUGAGACACUUGGACACCAAUGGGAGGGAGAUUUACUAUACAGGAACCGCUGGGGAUCCCGUACCUCUCUGCAAAGGCUGGCUCCGAGCGUCCAUGCGCAAGAUCGACGAAUCCUCACCUCGACACAAACACUACCUCCCUCACAGGAACUACGAGUCGAAAGACGUCUUGCCCGUCGAGCCGGAUACCAAGUACGAUCUCUUGGUAGAACUCUGGCCUACGCAGGUGGUCGUUGAGAAGGGGAGCAAGAUCGUGCUCGAGGUGAAUACCGGGGACAGUCAGGGAUGUGGGAUCUUUUUGCACAACGAGCCGACCGAUAGGAGCGAGACCGACUUUGACGGCACGAACAUCUUGCAUGUCGGGCCUGGACAUGAUAGCUGGUUGUGUCUACCCAUCGUGUAAGACGUCGACAUAUAUGCAUAGGACCAUGAUGGCUACAGGGAAGCGUAUCACAAUACAUAGACUGCGAACGGGGAGGUUGUACGUGAAGGCAUCGAAAUGAUCCAAAUGACAUCGAUAUGACAUUCGGAGCGGAUGGAUAUAUUAUACCGUCACUGGCC